CAGAAAGCAUGGUUAUGUUGAAGUCAGUGUGUGUUGUUUUGCCAAAAAUCCACAGAAAACACUUGUUUUCCACGAUUCUAGCUAGAAGGAAAUGCAGUUCAGACACUCAGAGUUCCCGGAAGAUCGUCGAGCCGGGCGAGAUUGUCGUCUCGCGGCAGAGGGAUGUGGGCCUGGUGGGCAUCAACAGACCUUCUGUCCAGAACUGCCUGACGGACGACCUCACCGUGCGUCUCUUCGCGGAGAUUGAGCGUAUUGAAGAGGAUCCGAGUAUUCUGGUGGGCGUUCUUCAUGGGAUCGGCGGGACUUUCUGUGCCGGACACGAUUUGAACAGCAUCAGUGAGAGCACAUUCUCAAGAGCCCCCAGGAUAACCAGGAGAUUCCUCCGGAAGCCCUUCGUGUGCGCUAUGAAUGGGUUUUGCGUGGGAAACGGCCUUGAACUGGCGCUCAUGUGCGAUUUGCGAGUCAUCGAGGAGACUUGCGUGAUUGGCUUCCUCAACAGGCGCUUCGGGGUGCCCCUUAUCGAUGGAGGCACUGUCCGGCUGCCCGCCCUGAUUGGCUUGUCUCGUGCUCUGGACAUGGUGCUCACGGGACGAAAAGUGAGUGCCGAGGAAGCCUUCGAAAUGGGCCUCGCCAGUCGGUUUGUGGCCAAUGGAACUGGAGUUGGCCAGGCGGUGCAUCUUGCCGUGGCGGUCGCAAAGUUCCCACAGAAUGCGCUGCUGCACGACAGAACUUCAAUGUACAGAGCCACAUUUGAUGGCACAUCUUUCGACGCUGCUGUGAAGGAUGAAAUUGAGUCUGUGACGCCAGAAAUGGUGCAGGAAGCCAUCCAGGGAUCUCGACGGUUCGCCGAAGGCAUUGGCAAGAGUGGUAAGUUCCACGACAUCAAGGCGAGGCCGAUUGCUGACUGGGAAGCGGAUGAAAUUGCGAGGGAAAAAACGAAGUCUGAAUCGUGAUUUUUCAUAAAACUUUUUAUUUCUCUAAUGAUUUUCAUUUUAUCACAAAAGGAAUAUUUUUUUCUUCUGUUUAUUUCUCAGUAGUUAUAAGCCCUAAACACUGACACAACUCAACUUCACCACUGGGAUUGUUUUUAACGUCCACACAUUCGGUUCUGAAUCAUGAGAAAAAUAUCAUUCUAAGUAGAAAAUAUAGAGCAUUUCCAAAAUCCUCUCGUCUUGCUUUUCUCCCCCAUUAAACACACUUUAUCAAUUUUUUUUCUUACUUUCGAAUAAGAAAACACUUUGCGAAAUUCUGAAGAAUUUUCCAUUCCAUACAAAAUCACCUUUUCACCCCGAAAUUCACAAUUCUCCAUUCUUUUGCCUUUAAAAAGUGAAUAAAAGUGUAUAGAAAAUUGUCAAUAAUUGAUUUUUUUUCUUUUCACUAUGAAAAUUUCUUUAUAUAAUUUCUCUUUAUCAUAAAAUUUUGUCGUAUGCCGAUUUUUUUUUCCUUUAAAUAUAGAUUUCUCUCAUGCUCUAACAAUUACAACUUGCCUAACUAUGCAUAAAAAAUUUCUUACGAGAUAAAGUAAUAAAAAAGAAAUUUGCCUCUCUGAAGUUUCGCCAUUCGUAAGAAAUACAAUUUUUAUUGAUUUUCCCUAUCAUAUAAAAUUAUUUCCGUCUCGCCUCUCACCAAAACUCCUCCUCAAAACCCAAUUUGUUUUCUCUAUUUUUUCCCCCCAUUUUUGCUAAAAAUAUUUUCUUGAUUUCCUUCUUUACUUUUUUUU